UUCAAAUAAAAUACGAAUUAUCAAAAAUUAACUAAUUAAUUAUGUCGUUCGUAAACCUCUCAAUAGUGAAACGCUGUUCACUGCCACAUGAAUCUUUUCGACUUGCCAAUCAGACUUGUGAUCUUGCAAAGAGUACAUUCAGUUGUGGAUCGUUUGUGCACCUUAUUAACUACUUAGAGAUUUUCUUCUGCGAAUUCAAUCUGCACAAAAUGGUAGCAUAUGGCGUCAUAAGUGCUGUUAUAUUGGUGAUACAAUUUAGUCUGCUAUUCAUGGUGACAAAAUAUUUCUUCGUUCCUAAUUUAGUGACGCUCAUUGAAUUUGCACCCUUGACAAUGUUCGGAUUCAGUUUUCUAUUCUUUGGUCCAAGUUUUUUUGUAUCCUACUAUAACAGUUUCUGUGGGGUAUGUUAUUUUCCGAAAUUUAACAUGAGCCCCUUGCAUUUUUCGAAAAUGGUGGGAGACAUUAUGAGAUACUUUGUGAUGGGCGUUAUGGUUAUCUGCAUGCAAGGAUAUCGAGCUGAUGGAGUCACCCUCUGGUCCUGCAUGACAUUCAUUUUGAUCGGAUUGGGCUACCUGUUUGUCGUUACCAAGAAAUCAUACCAUAUUGAUCCAGAGUAUACAGAUUCAUAUUUGCUCACAUUUCGGGUGACUGUGUUUCUCUACACCUUUGUGAUCGUUUUAUUGGUAGUCCUGGUCGUGUCGUACGCUACAUUUCAACAAAGUGCCCGGAAAGCAAACCCAAGAUCAAACUUAUUUUGGGAUAUGGAUAGCGGGGAUGAAGUCUUAGGCAAAUACCAGAAGCAAAGAGUGUUUUCCAGACGUGAACUUUGGUUAAAGACGGUGAAUGGAUACAAAAACAUGAAGGACUCGCAUGUGAUAUAUAGGAUAUUAAUGAUGCCCAUCUAUUUUAUAAUAUCUAAUUUUGUCCCUGUCAUAUCCAAAGACCGCUAUUUGGUUGGGUGGACCAAAUAUACAAGCUGCCUCUGUCUGAUCGUCCUGCCAUUUAUUGGACUUCCCCAUGGCUUCAUGGCUGUCAGAUGGAUUAUGUUGCUCAUGGUUUGCUGGACUCUCAGCAUCCUGACCUUCAUGUCCACCCACUCCUUGAGGCGACCCGAUAAUGUUUGGAUCUUUACUUUUCUGGGGCUGAUCAUCAGCUCAGUUGCCAUGAGUUUUCUCAGUCGUGAGAUAGACAACAUCACCUGGCAGUAUAUAAGCAUACAUUUCGAUCUGAUGCCCGAUGUCACGGCCUUGUUGUACUUUGGAUUCGGUGAAAUGUUCAGCGAGGCUAUUGUGGUCAGGUGUUUGCAGCAGAUGAAGAUGUGGGAUGCCACCUUCGGAGUCGUGAUGAGCAUGGUAACCUAUGCGGUCUUCUUGGCAUUUCCCCUCCUGUACUACCAGGGAUGCUACAACACCAAUUGCUGGAAAAUCACCACGGCCACAACGGAGACAGGCAUUUAUUUCAUUUUUCUCAUCGUGUCCACCAGUCUGCUUCACAUCGCAAUGAGUGGCUAUGAGUUUCGCAUUUCCCUGUUUUUCUACCUCCUGAUAUUGACGGUUAUUUAUGUGACUCUCCAAUGGAUGAUGCACUACGGUUGGAUGCUUCCCCUCGCCACUCUUCAUCAUUUAAAUAACUGA